UUACAUCCCACAACUCAAGACUAGCUAAGCACAUUAAUUUUAGUUCUUACAUAUAUAUAUAUACACACACACACACUCUUUUGUAUUACUUCAAGUUGCAAGGAAAAUUAACAUUAUGGGUGUCACUACCUAUACACAUGAAGCCACAAGCACAGUGUCUCCUACUAGGUUGUUCAAAGCUUUGGUUGUUGAUGGUGACAACCUUAUCCCUAAAUUGAUGCCAAAUGUUAAGAAUGUUGAGACUGAGGGAGAUGGAAGCAUCAAGAAGAUGAACUUUGUUGAAGGUGGUCCAAUAAAGUACUUGAAGCACAAGAUUCAUGCGAUUGACGAUAAGAAUUUGGUAACAAAAUAUUCACUUAUCGAAGGUGAUGUUCUUGGAGACAAAUUGGAAUCAAUUACCUAUGAUACCAAAUUUGAAGCUGCUGGAAAUGGAGGCUGUGUUUGCAGGACAAAAACUGAGUACCACACAAAAGGUGACUAUGUCUUAAAGGAAGAAGAACACAAUGAAGGCAAGAAACAAGCCCUAGAACUUUUCAAGGCUGUUGAAGAUUACCUCCUUGCAAAUCCUUCUGUCUACGCUUAAGUGAUGAAAAAAGAAUCAGACUCGCACGGUUAGUGCACAGGUAGAAAGGACUCUUCAUGAAGAAUAGUUGUACCAAGUGGCUUGAGUUUUACUUGUUAUAGUUUUUGUUUUUUUGUUGUUCUGUGUGUUCUUUCCAAUUUCCAUAUAUGUCAUGGAAAGAACUUUGAAUAAGAUGGGCAAGCUUUACUUAUGAAAAGUUUGUACCAAACCUAAAAUGUGUUGUUCAAUAUUAUAUGAUAUGAUGCACAAGGUUUAAUUUA